AUGAAUUCCACUGCAGAGAACUACGGAAUUGUCAAAACAGCUGUUGGAGAAGCAAGAUUGCAGCCAAUUCCCAUCCCACGACUUCGGGAUGAUUACAUUCUCGUCAAGACAAUUGCCGUCGCAAGAAAUCCCACAGAUUGGCAAACCGUAGACGAAAAGUCCAGUCCAAGGACAAAGGGUCCCACGCUUUUAGGAUGUGAUUUUGCGGGGAUCGUGGUUGAGAUUGGGAAGGGUGUCAAGAAAGAAUGGAAGAAGGGAGACAGAGUUGCGGGGAUGGCACAUGGAGGUAAUGACAUUGAGCCUGAAGAUGGAAAAUUUGCCACAUACAUUGUAGUCAAAGGCGAUGUUGCAUUCCGCAUUCCGGAUACUAUCAAUUUCGAGGAAGCUGCAUCGCUUGGCGUUGGAGUUACUACUAUUGCAUUGGGAUUUUACAAGUAUUUGUCUUUACCUCUCUUGACAUUUCCCCUUUCCAUGCCAAAUUCCGAGAGCAAACUCCCUCUUCUAAUCUAUGGAGGAAGUUCGGCAACUGGAACAUUAGCUAUUCAAUUUGCGAAGUUAUCCGGGUUGCAAGUAAUCACUACAUCGUCACCGAAAAACUUUGAGCUUUUGGAAAGCUUAGGUGCGGAUCAUGUUUUAGAUUAUUCCAGCGCUCAAAUUUGUGCCAAUGCACUGUCAACUUCCGGCGAAAAUAUCUAUGUGAAUCUCAUGGGUAUUGAAAUGCCCAGAGAUGACGUCAAGAAUGUUUUCUUUCUCGGAUACUCGGUCACUGGCGAAGAGUACUAA